AUGGCCGCGGCGAUGCGGAAGCAGUUGAUCGAGUACCUUGAGGCCAACAGUGGCUUUGAGGACUCGGAGCUUCUCUGCAGGGAGAAAGGCUGGGACCACGAAGUGCUCGUGGGCGCCAUAAAAUCCUUGCAGGCGGAGGAGCAGAUCACAACCGAGCCCAUCAAGCGCGAAGGCUGGAAGCUAACAGAGGAGGGAGUCCAGUACUGCGACAACGGAAGCCCUGAGUUCCAGGUCUUCAACUUCAUCAAAUCGAGGGGCUCCGUCCCGAACGCUGACGUCGAUGCCGCGCUUGGUGCGAUCGCCAAGAUCGGCCUGGGGACUUGCAUGAAGAACAAGUGGGUAUCCAUCGACAAAGCAACGAAGGUCUGCACGCCAUCUGUGGAGUCCGUGGAGGACGCCGUGCAGAAAGAGCUCUCGUCUCUGAGUACCUUAGACAAGGCGAAGCUGGACGCGCUGAAGAAGCGAAAGCUGAUAGCGCCAACGAGCCUGACGGCCUUCAAGGUCAAGAGGACUGACAAGUUCUCAGCAGCGUCUCAGAAAGCGGUUGCCGACCUGACAUCGGAAAUGAUUCUCAAGGGCACGUGGAGCAGCACGACAUUUAAGCCCUUCAACCUGACGAAUGUCAGCGGCGUGCCUUGUACGGGAGGGCACCUGCAUCCCCUGAACAAGGUGAAGACAGAGAUGCGACAAGUGCUCAUGCAAAUGGGCUUCGAAGAGAUGACCACAAAUCAGUGGGUGGAGAGUUCCUUCUGGAACUUCGAUGCUCUCUUCCAGCCACAGCAGCAUCCGGCUCGUGAUGCCCAUGAUACUUUUUUCAUGGAGGAGCCUAGCAGGGCACAGGACAUCCCAGAGGACUACCUUGCCAAAGUCAAGGAGAUGCACGAGAAAGGCGGUCAGGGAUCUAUUGGGUGGCGCUACGAUUGGAGCGAGGAUGAGGCCAAAAAGACGCUGCUCAGAACUCACACAACAGCGGUGUCCGCCAGGACGCUGUACAAGUUGGGUGAGGAGUAUCGGAAAACAGGAGUCUUCCGACCCAAGAAGUAUUUUUCCAUUGAUCGCGUCUUCAGAAACGAGACGCUCGAUGCCACUCACUUGGCCGAGUUCCAUCAAAUCGAGGGUUUCAUUGCGGACCGUAACAUCGGCUUGCCGCAGCUCAUCGGGGUCUUGCGCGACUUCUUCAGCCGCAUUGGCAUCUCGAAGCUGCGCUUCAAGCCAGCCUACAACCCUUACACCGAACCCUCCAUGGAGAUCUUCGGUUUCCACCCCAUUCUGAAGAAGUGGAUUGAGGUGGGCAAUAGUGGUGUCUUCAGACCGGAAAUGCUGUUGCCCAUGGGCUUGCCGGAAGACGUUUCUGUCAUUGCCUGGGGCAUCGGCUGCGAGAGAUGGACAGCGCUGCUUUACAACAUCCGCAUGAUCAAGGAGCCCUCAUCUGUGUUCUAUCCAGUGACUCCAGUGCCAAGGGACAACCAGACAUCCUGGCCAGGAUUAGAUCGUGCAUUUCGCGGCGAUUUUGCGCGCAUCGCUGAGUGCUGUUGGCUGCCAGCUUGCAAAUCUGCAGAUGCUGACAGCACAGCUGUGAACAGUGCGAGGCGGUUCGCUGUGGUUUGCAAGGGAAAUGCAAGGGAUCUGAUCAGCGAGGGCUUGAGUAUGCUCCGGCUCGUCGCUGGCUCGCCACAAGGCGCACGUGGACACGAAGGCAGCUGGCAGACUGCAGUGCUCAGGCAGCCCACGCUCCCGGCACUUGCAGCGUCGAUUGGGGCCUACUCUCGUGCGGUGUCCUGGCAGCCUGCGCUAGCCUUGCUGAAAGAUCUGCAGGAGCUGCGCACUGGCGAGACGGUGGCGUUCAAUGCUGUGGUGACAUCCUUGGGCCGCAAGCUUCUUUGGGCUGCCGCGGCCGACCUCCUCGCAGCUGCAGCAAAGUGGCAGAUCCGGCUGAAUGUCAGAAGCCACGCCUCGGCGCUCAGUGCCCUGAAGCUGCGCUCUGAUCCCUGGUCCCGUAGCCGGGAAUCGCGGUGGCCCUGUGCGCUGCAGCGUGCGUGGAGCCUGCGAAGCCAAGGGCUCCGGGCAAACAUCUUCGUGCGCAGUGCCGCCGCCGGGCUGUGUGCCGAGGCAGGUGUUUGGGAGGAGGCUUUGCUCCUCGCAUGCGCUCCCUCCGACUCGGUGCUGGUCAAUGCAGCCAUCAAUGCCUGCGGGAGGAGCCGAAGCUGGGGUCCGGCGCUGCGGACGUUGGAGGCCAUGAGGGAGCAGCUCCUGGAGUUGACGGAUGUCACCUUCACAGGACUUAUCACCGCCAGUGCUGGCCAGGUUCUGUGGAACCUCCAGGAAGCCCACUCUCAACCCCGAGACUCCGGAGAUUGGAGGAGAGGCACCGCGCUGCUCGCAGCCAUGGCUGCAAGGCGCCUCCUCUCCAAAGAGGCUUCUGCGGCAGCUGCUGCGUGCUGUGCCAAGCGCUGGUUGCAAGCCCUGCACGUCUUGGUGUACUUCGACCUCCAUGGUGGGGAGGUCGAUGGAGUCCUGGCUGGAGCUGUGAUUAACGCCAUGAGCACAGGCCACCGAUGGACAGAAGCGGUGAGCCUCCUCGGCACCAGACCAGUGCUGGCCUCGAGUGAGGGUGCGCGCAACGUCCUCAUCACAGCUUGCGGGCGGGCGAUGGAGGUGCCCAAGGCAUCGGCUCUUCUUCACGAAAUGCUAGCAGGAGGCCUGCAGCCAGACCUCAUCUCUUUCAACGCCUACUUGGCUGUUGCGGGAUCGGACUGGACCAGUGCCUUUGCUGCCUUCGACAUGCUUCGACAGCGUGGCCUUGUUCCAGACAGGCUGACGUGCAACAACUGCUGCAGCGCUUGCGGGGCAGCGCGGCAGUGGCAGAAGGGACUCCUCCUACUCGAGCCAUCGGGCCCUCCAUGGAUGCAAACAGGAGCUGUCGCCUACAAUUCAGUCAUGGAGGCUUGCCAGCAGCCAGCAAUGGUGCUUGCACUUUUCCAUGAGAUGCAUGCUGUUCGCCUUCGUCCAGACGCGACGGCCCUUUGUCUAGUUGCUGACUCCUGUGCUGCGGUCGACAGGAUGGAGCUUCAGAUGGCGCUGUGCACCCGAGUGGAGGCAGACAUGGUUUCCCUGCUGAGAAAAGGCCGUCAAGGAUGCUAUCAGGGGAUUCUUGGACAAAGCCUUGAGCUUCAACAUAAGUCCAUCGUCUCUGUGCGCCUCUCUCCCUGA